CACCAUCGUUUUCUUCCACUCUGUUCUGUACCUUCGAGCUUCUCCAUUUCAUCUCUUCUAGCUUCUUCUCUUGCAGCUCUUUCACCUACUCUCACUCUUGUGUACCAGAAGCUUCUUUCCGCUUGAGGUUUCAUCAUCGAGCAAGAUGUUCACAGAUGGCCUCGAUGAAACUGCAAUUUCCUGGAUUAAAAAGGGGACGGAUAGAACUGUGGAAGACGAAACUAGAAUUCGAUCUCCUCUUGCCGAGAAAACCGGCUCCGAUCUAUUUCCGAAAUCUCCGUUGGCGUUUAAUGGCACUGGAUUCAUGUCUUCUCAUGUUUUGCCUCCUUUGAAAUUCCAUUCUGGAUUGCUUUCUCCUCAUAGUUUGGCAUCUCCAUGCCUGGAUGACGAUGAUGACGAUGAUGGAGAUUUUGAUGUUAAUGAAAGUAUUGCUUCGGUUCCGUUUGAAGAGGAUGAUGGUGCUUAUUCUGAAGAUGAUGAUAUGGAAUUUCAUGAUUCGGAUUUCUUGGAGAAGCCUGUCGUGCAGGGUAUUGAGGAAGAUGUAUUUAGCUACCAGUCUAGGGUUAAUCCCGUAUCUGGAACUCGAUGUAUAUCUUCUAUUAAUCGACGGUACUUGAAGGAAGAUCUCAGGGUUGAAGUGCCUGUUAAUUUAAGUAGAUUUCCUGAUGGGAAGUUGGGUGUAAGGAAUUUGCCCCAAAAAUCUUCUACUCCUAAUUAUGGAAAUCAGCGCCAGCAUGAAGUCUACUUUCACAGUGCUCGUGGUCCCGGUGUCCAUGGAAGGUUUUUUGAGGAUUUGGCCGGAACCCCCAGUGCACCUCCCAUUGGUGAUGUUGGAGGGGGUGAAACCACGAGCACAGAAUGUGGAAGUCAAACUAGAUCAGAUUCUGAAGGUUCAAGUGAAGUCGAUCAAAUUGACAAUGGGUGCCCAUUGCCGGCGACAGAGGGUUUUGAUGGAUGUAAUGCAGAUUGGAAAGCUUAUUCUCCGGGAAUCACCCAAAAUUUUGAAAGAACUUCAACAGGAACUAAAGAUUCUUAUAUCUCUCAUCUGCAAGCAAACUAUCCAGAACCUUCAUCCUGUUACAACACAAGUGGUCAACAAGCCUGGCAAACUCUACUUGCAUAUGAUGCUUGUGUUCGGUUGUGCCUACAAGCAUGGGAAAGAGGCUGCACAUACUCACCUGAAUUUUUACGCAAUGGGUGCUUGAUUCUUCGAAAUGCUUUUGGACUACACAAAUUUUUAUUGCAACCUCGGCUCGCACAACCGACCGAAAGGGGGAGAAACACUGAGCAUUCAGCACAAGUAGUAACUUCGAACCAGAAGAAAGUUGUCGGAAAGAUAAGAGUGGAAGUGAAAAAGCUUAGACUGAUUCCAAAGAGGAAAGUGAUAAAUACCUAUUCGCAAAGAGGCUCAAUCUAUAUGCAAACAGGAGUGGAGUAUAUUCGGAAUAUUUCUACUGUCGUGAAAAAUGGCAUAAACUCUCUAAAAGACGCUUCAUUCUCAAUUACAUCAGAAGAACAAUUAUCGUGCUUAUUUCAAUUGAAGAGUGCUACAGAAGGCUCUGACCUGGAGUCUGAUUCUGCUGUUUGCUUGCACCCUGGCAGUGGAGACUACCAUGUCUUUUUCCCAGAGGCUCCAGGAGAUACCCUUUUACUAGAAAUCCAGGAUGUCAAAAAAACUACCCAAGGUCGAACUACGAUUUCAGUUUCAUCUUUGAUCGGUAACACCAAUGAUAGGAUUCGGUGGUGGCCUAUAUACCAUGAUGAUCAGGAAUGUGUUGGGAAAAUUCAGCUUUCUAUCGUCCAUACAAUGACAAGUGACGAGACUAAUCAUAUGAAGAGUGGACCUGUUGUGGAAACUCUUGCCUAUGAUUUAGUGCUAGAGGCUGCAAUGCGUGCACAACACUUCUCUUCCAGAAAUCUAAGGAUUGAUGGACUUUGGAAGUGGUUGUUGACUGAAUUUGCAGACUAUUAUGGAGUUUCUGACUCAUAUACAAGAAUCAGAUAUCUUUCUCAUGUCAUGAGUGUGGCUACUCCAACUAAAGAUUGCUUAGAGCUUGUAAAUGAAUUACUUGAUCCCAUAAUGAAGGCCAAAAACGAGAAAAGUUUGACUCGGCAAGAGAGAAGUAUAUUACUGGAUUGUGAAACUCAAAUUGAGAACCUGUUGGCAAAUGUUUUUGAGAACUACAAGUCAUUAGAUGAAAACUCCCCUACGGGAUUGGCAGAUUUACUUGGUCAUCCCGCAGAAGACUCUGCAGCAUCUGCUCUAACUCCAGCAGUGAAAAUCUACACUCAGCUUCACGAUAUACUUUCUCAAGAUGCCCAGAAUAUGCUGAGAAACUAUUUUCAGAGAGCGGCGAAAAAGCGGUGUCGAAAGCAUAUGGUUGAGACUGAUGAGUUUGUCUCGGGAAACGCUGAAGGUCUUUCCAUGGAUCCAAUUACCAUCUCCACGGCAUAUUUGAAGAUGAAACAGCUAUGUAAAAAUAUAGGUGGUGAGAUUCAGGCUGAUAUCAAAAUUCAUAAUCAGCAUAUACUACCAAGUUCGAUUGACUUGUCAAACAUCACCGCCGCCGUUUACAGCACCGAGUUGUUCAACAGGCUUAGAGGAUUCCUCUCUGCAUGGCCUCCAUCUGGUCCAUUGCCUUUCGUAAAUGAGCUUUUAGUAGCUACUGCUGAUUUCGAAAGAAGCCUUGAAUCAUGGAAUAUCAGUUCUGUGCAGGGUAGCGUAGACUCGAGAAAUCUUUUCCAUAACUAUAUAAUGGUGUGGGUACAGGAUAUGCAAAUAACUUUGCUGGAUAUAUGUAAAGCAGAAAAGAUGCCGUGGUCUGGUGUAACAACAAAUUAUUCUACUUCACCCUUUGCUGAGGAGAUGUACGAGAAAAUAAAGGACUCCCUCGUUCAAUAUGAAGUAGUGAUCAAUCGAUGGCCUCAAUAUUCAUUGAUUUUAGAACAUGCUGUUGCAAAUGUCGAGAGAGCAAUAGUAAAAGCACUUGAAAAACAGUACAACGAUAUAUUGACACCUCUGAAAGAUACCAUCCCAAAGAGGCUGAACAUGCACGUUCAGAAGCUAACAGGAAGACAGUCAAUGGCAAUGUACUCCGUUCCUAAUCAUCUGGGAAUGUUCCUCAAUACCAUCAAGAGAAUUCUAGAUGUCUUACACAUUAGAGUUGAAGGUAUCUUGAAGUCGUGGGCAUCCUAUACGCCUGUUGUGGGAGACAAGAGGUCACUGUUUGGAGAGCAGAUGAAUGGAAUCACGGUCCUUUUGAGAACGAAGUACAAAAACUACUUGCAAGCAAUUGUAGGGAAGCUCAUGUGCAAUAUGCAAGCCAACCGUAAUACAAGGCUGAAAAGGAUUUUGGAGGGAACUAGGGAAGAAGAAGGGGAGCACGAAGUUCGUGAAAGAAUGCAGAUGCUAAGUGCACAACUCAUUGAUUCCAUAUCGAACUUGCACGAAGUCUUUACAGGUCCUAUAUUUGUUGCAAUAUGUCGGGGGUUCUGGGACAGUAUGGGACAGAUCGUCUUGAAAUUUCUCGAAGGCAGGAAAGAAAACAGAGUAUGGUACAACGGAUCAUAUUACGCUCUGGGGAUAUUGGAUGAUACAUUUGCUUCCCAAAUGCAGCGAUUACAAGGAAACGCAGUGCAAGAAAAAGAUAUUGAGCCUCCUCGUUCAGUAGUUGAAGCUCGAUCAAUUCUCAGCAGGGACUCGGCAAAUGCCACUGACACUGCAACUUAUUUAUAUCUCUGAUUGUUUUAACUGGUAUGGCUUCUUCAAUUCAUUCAUAUACAUAGAUCAGGUGUAAUAUUAUUAUUCAUAUACAUAGAGUAGGUGUAAUAGUAUAAUUCAUAUGGGGGCGCUAUUUACUAUUUAGAAAUUCGUUGUUUUGUUUAUUCAAUCUAUGUUCAUAGGUUAUAUUGAUGUAUUAUUUAUUAUUCAAAGGAUCAUUGUUCUUUCUGUACAUUCAACAAGGGCAGCUUCUUGAUUUUCUUCC